AUAUAAUUAUAAUAAAAAAAAUAAAUAAAUAAAUAAAAAACAAAGAAAACUUAGAAAAAAAUAAAACAAUCUCUUGCGUUUAAUUGGAUUAAAAACGUGCUUAAAAGAAAAGAGAACGGAUUGUUUCGAACAUCAUUUUGGUAGCGGACGUCGUUUUAGAAGCAAUCAUCCUGCCGCCGCACUGCCAAAUAAGCAUCGUUGGAAGCAAACCUCGUGAUAUCUCAAAAGACGCACAUGGGCGUCUGCACCGAAGAGCGCCCUGUGAUGCAUUGGCAGCAGAGCGCAAGAUUUCUUGGGCCAGGUGCAAGGGAAAAAAGUCCAACACCACCUGUAGCACAUCAAGGGAGCACACAUUGUGGCAGUGCUGCAGGUGUAAAUAAUAAUCAAUUUUUAUUUCGAGCCUGCUCCACAUGUCCCGAUAUCUGCGAACACAGUACAAAAUCAUUUAGUGCAGCGGCGGCAGCAUAUAGUGUAGCAUUUAGAAGCUAUGAGACGGCUGAGCAAGCGACAUAUGAUGAAUCUUCCAUCAAAUAUGCAAUAAGCCGAACGCGAACGGAAUGUUCCGAUGUAAAUGACGAAACAAAUUCGGGGGUAUCGUUCAAAACAGAACCCUACGGUCCGCCCAGCAGUCCAGAAUCGGCUAAUGAAAUAAAACCCGCGUGCAGUGCUGAAGAUUGCGCUGGUUGCGGCCGUCUAAUACAGGAUCGUUUCUACCUCUCAGCUGUGGAUAAACGUUGGCAUGUUAAUUGUCUGCAGUGUUAUGCGUGUCGACAACCUUUAGACCGAGAAUCGUCAUGUUAUUCGCGCGACGGUAAUAUUUACUGCAAAAGUGAUUAUUAUAGCUUUUUUGGCACAAGACGUUGUUCUCGCUGCCUGGCAUCAAUUGGUUCAACAGAGCUGGUAAUGAGAGCGCGAAAUUUAGUAUUUCAUGUGACCUGUUUUUGUUGUGUUGUAUGUCAGACCCCACUAACAAAAGGCGACCAAUACGGCAUAAUAGAUGCUCUCAUCUAUUGCAGAACACAUUAUACAAUGGCGAGAGAAGGUGAUGCAGCAUCAACUAGUUUAGGAUCAGCGGUAGUGCCCGGUGUUGGUGGUGCUAGUUCGUAUCCGUAUUCCAGUCAAUUUGGUUCGCCUCCGAAUGAUUCAUCCAGUCCACAUUCGGAUCCGACACGUAUGGUUCCUAGCGGCAUAUUUGCGACUGCCUCACACGUCAUUUCGGGCCUACCGCAACCGCCACGGCAGAAGGGCAGACCGCGUAAACGAAAGCCCAAAGAAAUCGAAGCCCUAACUGCCAACAUAGGUAGGCAAUAUUUGAAUACUGAAUAUCUGGAUUUCGGGCGUGGAUCACAUAUGAGUGCUUCCUCCCGAACGAAACGUAUGCGUACAUCGUUUAAACAUCAUCAGCUACGCACUAUGAAAUCAUAUUUUGCCAUUAAUCAUAAUCCCGACGCUAAAGAUCUUAAGCAACUAUCACAAAAGACGGGACUACCAAAGAGAGUGUUACAGGUUUGGUUUCAAAAUGCCCGAGCCAAAUGGCGACGUAUGAUGAUGAAACAGGAUGGCUCCGGUAUGUUAGAGAAAGGUGAUGGCACUUUAGAUUUGGAUAGCAUAUCAGCACACAGCCCCACCUCUUUUAUGAUGGGUGGCGGCAGUAAUUCACCACCUCACAACCUGGAUUAGUAGCAGUUGCAGACUAUCAAAAGCAUGGCAAACAAUAAUAAUAAUAUCGACUUAGAGCUAUAAUUUUCAAUAUGAGUAGAAAACUGGACCUACAGCAUAAAAUAUACUUGCAUAGCUAAACUAUUUAAACCACGGCAGGGACAAUUACAUACGUAUAUCAUCACAAAAUCAACAACAAUCGCAAUUAAAUUUAACACAAAAAGAGUCUUAAUUUAUUUUUUACUCCAAUUUCCUCAAAUCAUUAUAUUUUCCACCUCUUACGAAUAUAUAUAUCUCUCGCUCUCGCUCUCGCUCUUGUAUGUGUGUAUGUGUAUGUGUAUGUAUGUAUGUAUGUAUGUGUUUAUAAUAAUCCUAUUCAGAUGAAUCUAAGCAUAGCUGAGGUCAAAAUUUCAGUAAGUGUUUCUCCAAGAUGCAAAUGCAAAUAUGGGAACAUAAGCCUGAAAGCCCUCCUAUCAUGGACUAAAUGAAUUUUAUAGAUUUGAUUCAGAUAUACCAACAUGUCAGGCCAGUUAAUUUCGAAAUUCUGUUUCUUCAAAAUUUCAAAUGACCAACGACGACUAUUUAUAUGUGAUCCUUAAAACUCAUAAACACUUUGCCGAAACAAACGAAUUAUCUCAAGAUGGUGGGCCCGUAAGAUAAAGUGUUUUAAAGACGACUUUUUACGAGUAGACUUUCGCAGUCUAUUGUUGUUAUUCGCAAAACGCUCGUGUCUACCGCGACAGGCAAUAGUAUAACAAGUUGAAUUGACUUGAAAGCUUGAGCCAAUGCAAGCACUGUAAGCAGUACUAUGGGACCAUGAAUAAAACAGGCGUUAUAUCGAGAAGACUAAAAUUAGCUAACGAAAUUGCAUUAGUCUACAAAGCUUACGCGUGUGGAUACAGCUCGUCAUAGGAUCAUAGUACAUAAAGCAAAAUAAGAUUUUACUAUGGAUUUAAAGCAUUUCGGGAAAAACUUGUCAUGGCGUCAGUACAUUCCCUGUCGUAUAAAGAACUGCAAUCGAUUGCUGAGGAGCGCGUAAAAGAUCGUUUAGAAAUAUUGUGCUCCAUAUAAGUGUUCGAAACUAUUGCGUUUGAGAUUCGUCACAUUACUAUAUGCCGCGAAGCGAAAAUAGAUUCGAUUUGUAGACACAUGCACAAGCCGAAGGUUGUUCGUGGCCUAACAUCAGCAAGCAGGAAAAUAACAAAAGAAAGUAAAGAUUAAGUCGCUGAUCGUGAACGUGUAUUUUUCUCAUCAAAAGCGAUGAACAAACGAUAUCCAAGUUUUUGAAUUGUUUUGAAAACAACAGUAGUCUCGCCAUUAAAAAAUAACUGAUUUUGUUAACAAUUUUGACACAAUUCGUUUCAAACUUUAUAUGGAUUUGAAGAUUAUAGGCAUUUGUAAAUAGUGAUGAAACCGUCGUAUGAACUUCCAAAGAACUAAUUAACCGAUGUGUUACAAGGACACAACAUCAAAUGAUUUGGGCCACAACUUGAUGUCCAUAUAAAGAAAUAGAUAUGUAGUGCAGUGGCUUACAAAGUAUUAAGUGCAAGAUGGGAUGAAGUUCAAAGAUCUAACAUUUAACGUGGUGGCGAUCAAUUGGUUGCCUUCGACGCUAGAUAUCUUGGAGAAGAAUGACAUCUCAUGUCAAUGUUACUCUUCCAUGAACUGAUGCGUACAUAUAUUCACCUUUUCCGGAUAUUCGCAAAUCAAACUAAUCGGCAUAAUUUUGCAAAUCUUUAGAUACUUGACGAAGGUGAGAGUAAAGGCAUUUUAAGAAAAGAGAAAAACUGGUAACAAACUCCGAAGCUAAUGCAGCAACCGAUUUCUAUACUUUCGAAAUGUACUCUGCUUAGCCGUAGCCAUGCAACUACUUCGAAAGUUUGCUCUUAAACAGUUCAUUGGAAGUUUUUCCUCUCGCAAGCAACUUUUUUAGUUUGCUCUUAAGUGAUUGAUACCAAAACUCAGUAUACGAUCUUCUUUCCUAUCGGAAGUAAGUUAAUUUAAAUUGGCUCUUAGCUGAUUGAGUUGAUAAAAGUCAGUAUACGGGUUAGUAUCAUCUUGGAUAAAGUGUCCAACGUGCGUGCAAACAGCCGGUUUCCGGACCAGUACAUACUUUUUUUUUAACUUUAUUUUUUAUUUUGUUCCAGACUGUAUUCAAAAUUUGACCUUAGCUUAGUUAAAGUGUUUCACUUCGACAGCAAAUCCUUAUCAUCCCAAAUGUAUAAAUCAAAUUUAUUUUUCAUUCAUCCUCUAUCACAUUGUGGACUUCUUGUUCUAGUCAAAAUUUGGAGUUUCAUGAUUCCACUUUCUCAUAUAUAUUUACACAUUUACUUACAUAUAUUUAUAAAUUCAAGACGAUCGAUGUAUUGAUAACAAACGCUUAGCCAAUACGUACGUAAAGAAAAGUUCCAAAAUUACAAAAAAAAA